GAUAUGUAUAGGGUCGAUAGUCUACGUGCCAGUUAUGACUCAUAUAAAUGUUCGGGAUUGUCUGGCUUUUCAGUGUGUCUAAUAAUACUUAUUUAUAGUAAUGAUAACAGGUUGUUAUACAUGCAAUUCCGAUAAUUCUUCUCAGUAGUCUGUUUGGGUCCACAGCUACAGGAACAGACGUUAUUUAAUGCUCGGAACUUGUUGGAGAUCUGUGGCUUUCUUUGCCAACGCCCAGCUGUCUGCAGGCUGCAGUGCCCGAUAUACUGGAGUAAAGCAACCGGCCCUCCUCCCAGAGAAGACGGUGCGGAACCGUAUCGAAAUUCUUCCAUAGCACUACAAAUAUUGUGAGAAUCCUGUUGAGCUGAGGUCACCACUCAAUGAAUCGGUCAUCUGAACAAUUUCAAGAAUCCAAGCCAACCUGCCAGUGUCAGCUGUAUCUUCUUAGUCACAAGAAGGAAGACUGGUGUGCUGCCUGUGGUUGAGUUAGUCAUCCUUCUAAACAAAGCUGUUCCACUUCACCUCAAUGGCUACUAAAGGUAAAAAGAAAUUUGGAGGAGUCAAAUUCAAAUUUGAUGCCGAAGAGGCUCCUAAGCGGGAGGAGAAAAAGCCACCAGGUGGGCUGGACAACAAGGCUACACUGACAGUGAAUGGGCAUGAGUUUCAGGUGUAUGCCAGAGAUAUGAUUGUGAUUGAGAAUCUAGGAAGAGGAGCAUAUGGCAUCGUGGAUAAAACUAGACAUGAACCUACUGAAUCCAUCAUGGCUGUUAAGGUAAACAGCACAGAGGAUAAAAGGAUUUUAAUGGACAUGGACGUAGCUAUGAGGAGUUCAGAUUGCGUGUACACAGUAGAGUUCUAUGGUGCUCUCUUCCAAGAGGGAGAUGUAUGGAUCUGUAUGGAAGUCAUGGAUACAUGUCUCGACAAACUCUAUAAGAACAAACUCAAACCUCAAAAGAUAUUUGUUCCUGAAAAUAUCCUCAGCAGGAUAUCUUUCUCAAUUGUGAGUGCCCUCAAAUAUCUGCAGACUAGACUGAAAGUGAUUCACAGAGAUGUGAAACCAUCUAACGUACUAGCUAAUCACAAUGGGAAGAUCAAGCUCUGUGACUUUGGUAUCAGCGGUCAAUUGGUCAACUCUAUGGCCAAAACACAAGAUGCAGGUAGCAGACAGUAUAUGGCUCCAGAGAGGAUAGACCCUGACAUGAGUGCUAAGGGGUAUGAUGUCAAAUCAGAUGUUUGGAGUUUUGGAAUCACAAUGAUUGAGAUAGCUACUAAUGCCUACCCAUAUGAGAGAUGGCAUGAUAUGUUUCAGCAGCUCACACAGGUUGUAAAGGGCACUUCUCCAGCACUACCUAAAGAGAAAUUCUCAGAAGAUAUCCAGGAUUUCAUUAACAAAUGUUUGAAAAAGAACUGCACAGAAAGACCUUCAUAUACAAGACUAUUAGAACAUGAAUUCAUCAAGCAGCAUGCUGACAUAGGAGACGACGAUGUAGCCAGCUUCAUAUCUCCUAUCAUCGGUGAUACAAAUAGCAGUUAACUCUACCUCAUUGCUACUAGCUUUUUAUACAGUUGGUAGUCUUAUUGUAUACAAGCUGCACUUCAAAUAUGGUUUCAUUGUGGAUAAGUCAUUGCUCUCAAAUAUAUAUCAGUAUUUGAUUUGAUAUUCACAUCUUGUUUCUCAUUGAGAUUCAACAUGUUUGGGUUUGGGCUCCAUUGAUGCAUGUGUUCAAAAUAUCACUUUUAUGACAGAACUACACUAAUUCUGUACAUUUAAGAUGAGCUGUUAUUUUGAUAUAUUGUGACCAAGCACCAGAAAACCACCAAACAGUCACCAGAUAUGACAUUUUUAAAAGUUUAGAUCUGAUUCUAAAAGAGGAGAUUUGGAUGUUUGUAUCCCAAUUCAAAAUGAGUAGACUAUGACCAGUCUUAUGGAAUGUUACUGUAGAGAAAGAAGUGUUUAAGUGUAGUCUAUCCAAGCACUUUGACGACCAAUGAGUUAUGCAAGGUGACAAUUAACCCACUCCUGUCCUGCAUUGUGACAUCUUACUCUCAGUACCUUCUAGUUACAGGAGAUCAGAAUGAAACUGGUCAGUAGCCAGAGUCUGUAACAACCUCAAGAUCAGACAGACAGAGGUCUACAAAAGCAGCCCAAAAUACCACUUUAGAUUUCUUAGUGCUUCCAAAGUUUAAUACCAGUAGAACAAUAUAGAAAGGAAACACUGGAAAGCAACAUUUGUCCUAAACUAACUGACCAAAUAUACCUCUAUUGAUUUCUCACUGAAGAUCACACCGUGUGACUUUAAGGUGGUUUUGUGAUGCCUGGUCACAAUUGGUACGAAUGUUUGAAGAAAAAUAUAUAAAAAUUAAUAAAAGUAAGUAAAAAAUAAUAGUCACAUUCAUAUAGUGCUUAAUACUAGGUUUCUAGGUGCUUUACUUUGUAAUUUAGAAACAAAUAACAUCUAAUAUGGGGAAGAAUACUUUGAAUAUAUGUGUGUGUGUGUGAAGAUAGAUUGAUGGAGGAUAUUUCUAGUCACAGUCAAGGAUAGAGUUGAGUGCAUUAAUAAAUGGUAUCAAAAUCAAUGUGUAAGGAGUCUGUGAAACAACAUUAAGGGCAUGAUACAAAGAGCUGUAUCUCUUACAUUUAGUUUUGGUGAAGAACAAAGUCCCUUUGAAAAAUACCAUAGAGCAUUUAAAAAACAUUGCCAAUGAAUGGAAAGGAAUUGGGGCUUGAAGACAACUCGAGACCAAUCACCAUGUUAGUGUAAAGUGUUUUGAGUCAUAUUUUAGAACAGUAUAAUAAAGCUUAUGUUGAUCCGGUUUGCAGGAAGAUAGGACAAUUGUUAAGGUUCAAAUGAUAAUAAUAAAGUUUAUUGCAUAAGUUCUGUGUUAAAAGAACAUAUACAAGUGCAAUGUAAUCGAGUCAGUAUGGCCUUAGUGUAGAAAGGAUUAUGAUGGACAAUCGUACGCUCUCUCUGACUUUGCCCAGAAAAGAAAAAGCGAAAAAUUGAAAAGGAGUCCACUUUAAGGUCCAUUCUAUAACUUCUACUAAAAAGAUAGCCAGUCAGGGAGCUGGAAAGUAUUGUCAGUUAGACUCGCCUGAAUCAGUGUUAUCUGUGAUUGAUUAUCCCUUGAUUGAAAGGUCUGAAUUCACUCUACAUGUACAUCUGUCUUGUACUCAUAAUAUUUUGAGCACCUCUCCCUUUCCUUUGUUACGAAAAUUCCAUAUAUUUCAUAAAUUUGUCAUGUCAUUUUUAUAGACAGUUGUUACAAAACAUGCCCAUUAAUAUACAUAUAUCUAUGACAAAGGUAUAGUUACAUAUUUUCUUCAGAAAAAGAUUGAGAUUUUUUUUUUUUUGUACAGACCAAAUGGGAGAGAUGCUCAAAAGAUAACUCAUAUUUUAUCAACUACUAUUCCUAAUUUCAUUCAAACUUUUUUCUGAACUGGUUCUCUCGUUAAAUGCUUUGUACAAGGCCUACUUGAUGCCAGAGAGGACUUUUUUAUAAUGGUGGUGCUUUCAAUAUUACAUGUAGGUACCUUAUACAAAACAUAGUUCUUAUCUUGAAUAUAUCAUUGCAAUGCAAUAGAUUAUUUUAUCAUUGUCUCUUAUAGGAUUGAUUUUUUAUGAUUAAUGAAGUAUGUCUCUUUAUAUAGAACUGAUUUUAUGAUAUUAUGUAAUCCAGUGAUUGGAAGCUUAUAGAAAUGAUAAGUUUGUGAAUAAAUGGCUCUGUAGGAUCAGAGAUGUACAUAACACGUAUAUUUUCUCACAAGAUGAAUUAGAGAUUACUUGAUUCUAUUUUAGGCUUUUCAUGACUCUAUGUAGCAAUAAUUAUAAAAUAUGAUGAAAACCACCCAAUAUGCUGAGGACCUAUUUAUAUGCAAGAAUUAUGAAGAUUUGUUUUGUACAUACAGUGGUUGGAGUCUUGGAAUUAAAUGAAAAUGAUGACCAUGAAACAAACUUAAA